UUUUUGUGGAGAAAUUAUAUUGUUGGUAGUAGUACCAUUACUCUCCUUCUCACCUGCUUUCUUCCUCUUAACUCUUUAAGUCUUCUCUAUAUAAUUUCAAUAUAAUCCAUCUUUCUUAUACAUAAUCAUUUAUUUUGUAUCAUAAAACUAUAAACCCACACACCGUUCUUGGCCGUCAGAUUCAAUGGAAGGAUUAGCUAUCAGAGCAUCGCGACCGUCAGUUUUCUGUUCUACUCCAGGUCUCGGCGGCGAUUCUCACCGAAAACCUCCAAGUGACGGUUUCCUCAAGCUGCCUGCGUCGUCUAUUGCGGCGGACCGAAAAUUAGUAGCGAAUUCUGCUUCUUUUCAUCCAGUAUCCGCCGUUAACGUCUCUGUUCAAGCUUCCCUCACCGCUGAUUUUCCCGCCCUUUCAGAAACGAUUCUGAAAGAGGGAAGAAUAAACGGAAAAGAGAGAGCAGAGAACAUCGUGUGGCACGAGAGUUCAAUCUGCAGAUGCGACAGACAACAACUUCUUCAACAAAAGGGUUGUGUCGUUUGGAUCACUGGUCUCAGUGGUUCAGGGAAAAGCACUGUUGCUUGUGCACUAAGUAAAGCAUUGUUUGAAAGAGGCAAACUUACUUACACACUGGACGGCGACAAUGUCCGUCACGGCCUUAACCGUGACCUCACUUUCAAAACAGAGGACCGCACCGAAAACAUUAGAAGAAUUGGUGAGGUGGCUAAGUUGUUUGCUGACGUUGGAGUCAUUUGUAUAGCAAGUUUGAUUUCUCCGUACCGGAGAGACAGAGACGCGUGCCGGUCCUUGUUACCUGAGGGCGAUUUCGUCGAGGUCUUCAUGGACGUUCCUCUUCAUGUGUGCGAGUCAAGAGAUCCAAAGGGGUUGUACAAGCUUGCACGUGCCGGCAAAAUCAAAGGCUUCACUGGAAUCGACGACCCUUACGAGGCACCAGUGAAUUGCGAGGUAGUGCUGAAAUACACAGGAGACGACGAUUCAUGUUCGCCACGUCAGAUGGCUGAGAACAUUAUCUCUUACCUGCAAAACAAAGGUUACCUUGAGGGCUAAGUCAAAGUCGGAAAAAUCAACCCAAUUUGUCGAUUCUAAUUAUGGCUAAAGGAUUGUUCUCCCUGGUUCGACCAGAAGCUUGAGACCUCAUAUGUCGUCUCGCUUCGUCACACUAUCACCUGUUGUUGAAUUGUGUUAAACUCGGAAGCCAAAAGAAAGGGAAUAUAUUUUUAUUUGUUCUAAUUAUCAUUUAGUUAGUUUAUAAAGAGUUUUUGUUCCAAAGAUAUCAGACUGUGUUGAUAAUGUGUAUUAAUAAAGUGGAUUUCGUUGUAUUUGUCUUAACCGGUACCUCCUAAUUAAAUUAUGUGAUUUGGACU